AUUUGUGCAACCGCCAACUUGUGUUGAUUCAUCGAACGGAUUCGAACCGGUAGAAGAUGGAAGCCGCAUUAUCACAGCCAGCUCUCCGCACUGCCAAUGGCACCAGUAGUGGGGGUUUCCCCGUGGACUUUGAAGGCGAAGACGGCCUCCUGUAUCGGGGAAAGUUUGUCAGUGGCACGGAGCGGGGUAUACGGGUAGAAGUGCAAACCUGCAAAGGCGGUAGAGUAACGCAGCUGCUUCCCUACGGGAGAGUGUAUUUCUGCGAGAGGACCGUUCGGCCGGAUUUGAUGCAGGAUAUGAGAAAACAGAAGUCCCGAAUGACGGUGGAGGUGUUGGUGCGACUGGAUCACGAUCAGCCAUUACGAUGGUGGCCAGCAGUUCUACUGGGAUUUGAUAACGGACGAGGCACAUUUGGAUUUGCCAGUAUCAUCCAGCCUAGCUCAACUAUAAAUGUGGUUGUUCCUGCGCACCGGAUCCGAACACAUUGCUCGGAGUGGGUUGCUGUGACACAGGAGGAUUGUCGCAAAUUAGAAGAGGAAUCGCACAAGGAACCCUUGGUACCCACGACGGCCCCGGCCGUUCGCACUUUUAAAUCACCAGAAGCUCAACAACAGCAUCCCAUUGGUGGAAAGGAUGACGGUGGCCGCCCUGCUAAGCGCCUGCGAUAUGAUCGCGAUGAUGCAGAAAAAAGCGAUAUCCACUUGUUGCCCGCCAUCAUCUUGGCUGAAAUCUUUGAAUGCCUGGACACUCCGGUCCGAUGUCGAUAUCGCAACGUUUGCAGCUACUGGAAUGAUGUGCUAACCAUGCCGCGUAUCCGCAGCCAGCUGCGUCUAAAUUAUGCAGGGCGCGUCAAUUCGGCCGAGGAGGUGAAGCAAGGGUUCCCGGAAGAGGAAUACCUGAAUGCUGUCUGUGCUAGCGAAUGCUGGGCUCAAACCAUUGUCAUCACCGGCCCCCCGGGGUACAUCAAACCGAUGUUUUCGUCAGUGUCUGUGGUCAUUUUUUCCGUGGAAGCAUUCGGACUGUGUCCGCCGCGUACUCUACUUGUUUCGGAUUGGCACUGCCACAUUGGCUAUGUAUCGACCAAUAUUAAGGAACUGACAUCGCUGUGUCAGGUGCUGGUACUUCGUAACGUCUAUAUUGCCGUUCCAUUCACGCGGAGUCGGAAUAUCGGUGAAUGUAUAUCGAUGAAAGUAUUCAAAGUUCGUAUUACCAACGGUCGUGUGGUACCACGCCUCGAUUGGUGGCACACGAUUGAGAAUUGUCUGCCGGCAUUAACCGAGAUUGAAUUGGCCCGUGUUUUGGAUUGGUUGGCCGAAACGCACCAGGAUGACGAUGGAAGAGUCGAAUGGGAGGAUGUUAAGCAGGAUUUGUUAAAAUGGCGGAAGGAAGUCCAGGAUAGUGAUAUUUGGCGGAGCACUUCAGAAAGUUCCCGAAAACUGCAUAAUCCCACCGCUGAAGACUUGGUCCGAUGGGAGGUGCAAAGACUGCCAAAGAUCUUGCAGCAUGAUUUGAGAGCACAAUCCAUUUCAUCGGAACGUUUGGAAGUGGCCAUAUCCUGGUAAAAUGAUACCAUACCAACUGUAGUUCAGCGAAAUAAUGUGAACAUCGAUUUAUUGUAUGAUCGCUACGAUUAACUGGAGCUUGGCUCCAUCUCAUUCUUAUUUCAUGUUAAGUUUUUAUUAGAAGAAACAUUUUGCGUAGAGGUGACUGUUAUACUUUCCCAGAGGGGACUGCUGUUGCGUGCUGCACAAAUUGUCGUUUCACCUUU